CGCCGGUGGAUUGAUCGAUCGCAGCCCCGCUGAGCGCAGCAUCUUCCAGGCUUCAGACCGGACGGUGAGCCGCUGACUGUACGGAGCUCCACCGCCGUCUCUCGGAUACAUUUCCAGCUGUUUUUGUCAGUAAGUUUACGGUAGUGUCGUUGAGUAAGUUUACCGGGACUCUCGGUGUGGACUCCGGUAACAUUAACUCAUCUCGGGGAUAAACAAGUGGAUUUGAGCCGCUGGAGAGAACCGAGGAGGUCUGGAGGAUGAACCCUCAGUGUGCCCGCUGUGGGAAGAUCGUCUACCCGACGGAGAAGGUCAGCUGCCUGGAUAAGAACUGGCAUAAAGGAUGUUUCCACUGCGAGGUUUGUAAGAUGACCCUGAACAUGAAGAACUACAAAGGCUACGACAAAAAACCCUACUGCAAUGCACAUUACCCCAAGACGUCGUUCACCAUCGUGGCCGACACACCAGAGAACCUGAGACUGAGACAGCAGAGCGAGCUACAGAGCCAGGUGAAGUAUAAGAAGGAUUUUGAAGAGAGUAAAGGACGAGGGUUCAGCAUCGUGUCCGACACUCCAGAGAUGCAGAGACUCAGAAGGACUCAGGAGCAGAUCAGUAUUGUAUGUACACAUACAUACACACACACACACACACACACACACACACACACACAGACAGAUAUACACACACAGAUAUACACUAUAUUACUGUUUCCUGGUGUUUGUGUAUGCAAGUGUGUGUGUGAAGUGAAGCAUACAAGUGAGAAGAAGUGAGGGGUGCACUUUGGUCAGUGGGCACAAUUGCACACACACACACACACACACACACACACACACACACACACACACACACACACACACACACACAGUGUCUA